UCGGCCGGCACGCCAGUUCCACGGAUUUGACAGGUAAAAACAAAAGCUGCCAGUCAAGCUAGGCCUGGGCAGUAUUAGCUCUCCCGCAUUUGCAUCAUAAUUGCCCCACUGUCAUAUGUCCCAAGCUUUGGGGGGUCUCAAUAAUUCAACAGUAUCGAUCCGCUCAGGACGUCGUUGGAAAAAAGGCAAACUCGUCAAUCCUACUGUUCCGGAACCCAGUCUAGAAAUGGCCUCGGUAUUCUCUUACAUUCCUAUUGUCAACCGCUUCGUCGGUGCGAGCGAAUCGAGCUCCAUCAACAUCCCACCCAUUGAGGUGCAUCAUGUGGAGACAGCUCCAGAGAAGCGCCCCAGGACGCUGAAGCACCUUCUGAGAGCAAACCACGUGAACCAUUCCAUCAUCUAUCAUAACCUCCAGUUUGAUAACCACUUGCCUCAUAUACUCUGUUCUGCUUACCACCUGGGAGCCAAUGACAAGCAGCUGCACACGAUCUAUGAUGCGGAAAUCAAGGAGCUGGAGCCAUGGAAGCCGUCGCCACAAGAGGUUGUCAUGUCGGAUUGGAGGGACUUCCUCGGCGACAAGAGAUAUCAACGGGCCUAUGUCGACUUCUUCGAAGACUCCAUGGCCAUGACGCACAACUAUGAAUGGAAGAAAGUCGUGGAGCAGUUCAUGUUUGAAGGAGAUGAGCCUCUGGUGAAUGGUCUCAUCGGUGGUCUCGGCCAUCCCCUGAUACACCUGGGCUAUGCAUACGAAUUCAACAGUCGGGAAGUGGCCAUGGAGGCACUCGGCCUAGCAGCGACACAGUACAACUUCCUCCACAAGUACUUGGACAACCCUGUUUACACAAGGACUUCUUCCUUUAAGUCGACGUCGCCUCUCGAGCUUUUCCACAGAAUCGCCAGUGACAGUCGAUUUGAUGGUUUAUUCAGUGAGCCGACACUAGGAAACCUCGAUGUGUUAUUUGAGAAGCACGAGGAUCUGGUGAUGGAGUAUUGGAACGCGUGGUCUCUGGAAAACCCAGUCAAGCAAUUUCAAGACUCUCAAGAAGCCGCGGUAGCUUUCCUAGUGGCAUCGGUGCCGCCAGGGACUCACUCUUAUAAUUUCUUCAUCUGUCAUGUGCUUACGACGAGUCAUGCUGUGAGGGUACUCCUACCGAUUAUACCAAAGAAGUUCCACAUCAACCUUGUGCGAGAAUGGUGGCUGUUGGCCGUCGCUGUUUACAUCUCUGAGUUGAGGCCAAAGAUCGACCCUGACUAUAUUCCCUCUGGGGAUGGUGGAGCGAAGCGGUGGAAUUAUGUCGAGGACAAGGCUUUGAAUGGUCCGUUCAGUACGGAUGCUCAUUUCGUGAAGGCGGUGCGCACGAUGAAAGAGGCAGCGCGAACAUGGGGUGACGUGCACGAGAGAUAUCUCGCUUCGGCGGUGAGGUUUGUUGAUGAUUUUCAAGGAUGGUCGUUUUGAGAUGCUUUACGGGUAGAGGCUCAAAGCACGUAAUCUCUGAAUAGUUUCGAAUGGCCAGGCCGAAAAAGUUGAUAUGUUAGGUAUGUGAUAUGUCAAAUUGUCAGUUAGCAACUAGCAAAAAAACCAUCGUUUGAUGAUUGGAUUUGGUAUGUGAAAUCUAAUGUAACCUGGCUCGGGACAGGUCUCACAUGUGGCCAGUCUAAGUACAAGAGGUAUGUUCGAAAUAUGUUCUGAGUUCUGGGGUACUCCAAAAUGUAUAUACUAUAUGCUGCAUGAAAUAUGUCAAGAUUCUGUUCAGAUUGCCUUGACUAUACGAUAACUGUAGUAGGCGGGGGAGGUUGUUUGUUCGGUUGUAAUCCAGGUACCGUAUCCGUAUUCACUAAUUGUAAAUGGCUAAUCACCUGAUAACGC